GAAAAUUGCCAGAAUCAAUACCAUUAAUUACCAUUUCUAAAACUAAAGUGCUUUCCUUUGUUCAAUAAUAUAGAUUUCGUCAGUCAUUUAAACACAGUAUACUUUGACAGGAUGCUACUGGUGCCCUCGGUUACCCUCGAGUGCUUCCAGAAAAUUUAUUGGACCAAAAGGAUAUCAUUUAGCAUCUCUUUCUAUCUUGUAGGUUUUGUCGUAAGGGCAUGAAAUCUCUUUCCUCGCCAUAGAGCGUUGAGCAUAGGGCUACGUUCCAAAACUUCGCCAUGAGUGCAACUUUUUAACCUGACGUUUGAAUUUUUGUAGAAUGUAUUAAGUUUGUGUCAAAUAUGACAUUUGUUUCUGUAUGUAGACAUAAUCUUAGUAAUCUGUGCCUCUAUUUAAAUCUUGUGUUAUUUUUAAUUUUUAAUUGUGGAGAUUUAAUGUUUGCUACGUAAAAACAAACUACUUAUUCUGAACCACUUAAAUACGAAUUUAAUACAAUAAUGUCUUUAAUUCAUUGUCAUUAAAAGUAUUGCAUUGCGGUAUUUACCGAAUUGAAGAACAUUAAUUGCAAUACAAAAUGAGUGACUCUGAGUUUGCUUACGGUUCAUCACUAUCUCUCGAUUCUAUGAAAGUUAUUGCAGAAAGUGUUGGUAUUGCAAAUCUUGGUGAUGACGCCGCCAAAGAGUUGGCUGAUGAUGUAUCCUAUCGCCUCAAAGUAAUCGUUCAAGAUGCAAUGAAAUUUAUGCAUCAUUCAAAAAGGCAAAAACUGUCUAUUACUGAUAUUGAUCAUGCCCUUAACAUGAAAAAUAUUGAGGCACAAUAUGGUUUCAUCCAAUCAGAUUCACUCCCAUUCAGGUUUGCAUCUGGUGGUGGACGAGAACUUCAUUUUGUUGAAGAGAAAGAGAUAGAUUUAUCAGAGAUACUAUCAGCACCUCCCCCCAAGGUACCAUUAGGUGUCUCAGUAAGGGCACAUUGGUUGAGUGUAGAUGGAGUACAGCCUACUGUUCCAGAAAAUCCUCCUCCAUUAUGCAAAGAAGCCCAAAAGCUCGAAUCGGUCGAUCCAAUCAGUAAAUUAAGCAAACCUUCUAAUGAAGAUGCAGCAGGCAAACCAAUGUGUGGUAAAGCUGCUCGACUCAAAGCAUCUGAAUCAGUUCAUGUAAAGCAACUUGCCACCCAUGAACUGAGUGUGGAACAACAGUUAUACUACAAAGAAAUCACUGAGACUUGUGUGGGCAGCGAUGAAAUUCGCCGUGUGGAAGCUUUACAAUCGCUGGCUUGUGAUCCUGGUUUACACGAAAUGUUGCCACGAAUGUGUACAUUUAUAUCUGAAGGUGUCAAAGUAAAUGUAGUCCAAAACAAUUUGGCACUAUUGAUUUACCUCAUGAGAAUGGUGAAAGCGUUACUUGACAAUCAAUCCUUAUAUCUUGAAAAAUAUUUACAUGAAUUGAUACCGGCUGUCUCAACGUGUAUUGUGUCUCGACAACUUUGCCUGAGGCCCGAAAUGGAUAACCACUGGGCGCUAAGGGAUUUUGCCGCUCGUCUAAUGGCCCAAAUAUGCAAAACAUUCAACACGUCUACAAAUAAUUUACAAACAAGGGUGACUAGAUUAUUUGCCAAAGCGCUUCAGUGUCCAUCGCAAACUAAUAACGAAAGUGGAGUAGGGCCUUCCAUGGCUAGCAUGAAGGAAUCUGAGAAAACACCUUUAGCAUCACUGUAUGGCGCUGUACAAGGAUUAGCAGAACUGGGAUCCGAAGUUAUAAAGGUGUUCAUACUGCCCCGUGUGCGAUGGUUGGGUGAACGCGUGGAGGGCGCCCUGAGUGGCAUCGGAGGCGCGGACCGCCUCGCCGCCGGGAACCUCAAGCAGCAGCUGCUCAAAGUGCUGGCGCCUGUGGUCCGACAGUUGCGGCAGCCGCCCGACUUGCCUGAUGAGUACAAGCGGGACUACGGGUAUUUAGGGCCCAGCUUGCAGCAGAUGGUUAGCAAGUUGCGUUCGUCCCCUUCAGGCAGUGGAGGCAGCGGUACUGCAGUGGCAGUGGUCACUUGCACCCCGCCGUUAGUGCCCGCGUCCGCGCCGCCUGUGUCUUCGAUGCACGUCUCCAAACCAGAAACCGUGGCAACUCGUAAUGUGGUGAUAGCGUCCCCCGCGCCGCACAGUCCAGCGCCGGCGACGCCUCCGCCACAGAAGUUCGUCAUAGUCGCCUCGCAGCAGAAACCGCCACAGGCUCAGCCAUCUAGCGGUACUGGUCAUAUCGUCGUGCACAGCUCACAACCAGCCAUCGUGCGCAGUCAAAAUGUGCAGUCGGUGGUGGUGACGAGCGGGCCGAACGCGGGGGCGGCGCCGCAGAAAGUGGUCGUGGUGGGAAUGCCGCCGCAAACACCGGCCUCGCAGCCCGGCGCCGUUAGCCAGGCUCCAGUGUCGGUAGUAGCGAAGCCCGUAUUCGCUCGCGGUACGCCACAGCCGCCGCACCAGCCGCCGCCUGAGCUCGACGACCUGUCGCACCUCGCCUGACAGCCACGCACCUUCAGCCUCGCCCUCGUCAAACAGUACACUAGGAAAAAGUCACAAUAACAACGCUUUGCACUCCUUUAUAAACUAAUAGCUUUGUUGCAAGCCCCAAGUAUUCCAAAUUGUUCGCGCACGGUACUCCCGACCUAGACGACCUGUCGCACCUCGCCUGACAGCCGCGCACCUUCAGCCUCGCCCUCGUCAAACAGUACACUAGGAAAAAGUCACAAUAACAACGUUUAGCACUCCUUUAUAAACUAAUCAACCUCCAGUAAGGAUAGGCCUAUUAGAGCUUUGUUGCAAGCCCCAAGUAUUCCAAAUUGUUCGCGCAUGGUACUCCCGAGCUCGACGACCUGUCGCACCUCGCCUGACAGCCGCGCACCUUUAGCCUCGCCCUCGUCAAACAGUACACCAGGAAGAAGUCACAAUAACUACGCUCUGCACUUCUUAAUAAAUCCUUGUAAUCAACCUCCAGUAUGGUUAGGCCUAUUAGAGCUCUGUUGCAAGCCCCCAAUAUUCCUUACUUGAAGAAAACCCUCAGUAUAAUAUCCCACCUUUCAAAACAUUACAAUGAAUGGCACUUGCACUACGAAUACCACUUUUGUUGAUACGUAAUAAGGUACUGUCAAUGUCAAAUUGUUUAUACCGAUGUGAUUUUUACUAUUUUUCAAGACUGUUUCUAUAUGAACUAAAUGCGCAGCUGAAAGGGGUAUUUACGUAUAUUUUAUUGGGAAGAAUUUUAUUUUGUCAAUCUAAUAACGGAUGAGAAGGUAUAUUGAUAUAAUCCACUACUUUAAUUGGCGUAGCUGAUGUUGAAUACUAUGAUGAGGAACGUAGGUACUAAUCCAUCAUUAUGGUUGACCUUUGUUUGUAAACCUUAAAGAUAGCAUCGAUGACGCGGACAGAAUUAAAAUUCAAUUCAAAGAACCUUAAAAAUGUAUUCGAUUAUUAAUACAGUGACGACCAAGCUCAGAGACUUAGUUUAAUUUUAAGUAAGUUUAAAUGUGAAACUCACUUUCUUUGUAAUUUUGUGAUGUAAAGCAGUGGGUAACGACAACACGUCACUUAGACAAGUAUUGAUUUUAUUUACGUCUCUAGGUACGACCGUGGGUUUACAGUUAGCGUACUUGAAACUAUGUGUUUGAUUUGCAUUGAAAAAAUUCAGUGUGUCAUUGUCAUUUAUGCUACCAUUAAGCUGGCUAAGACUAGGCUCGAUUCUGUUGCAACUUAAUAUUAAAUGAAUAAUUCUGAGGAAAUUUUAGACACCUCAUUUAUUAGCAUCGAUAUCCACUUUCAAGCAGUCUUAUAAGUGGUUUUAUAAGCUAAUAGCAAUACCUAGUUUUUGACUGACACAUCGAUGUCAAGAGUGAACAGUGGAAUCGAGCCGUUGUUGUGUUUAAGAAUAUGUAGUUUUAAGUGUAAUUUCGGACAAUUCCCGAAUUCAAAAGGAAGGUUAUGCAUUAUUUUGCUGUUCUCAAUUAGCUAACUGACUUAUUGCCUUAAUUGAUUGUUGUUGAACUGCCACAGGAACGUAAAUGAGCA